ACAAAUGGAUCCAACUUUGAUGUGUCUUUAUCCAUGACUUUCUCUCAUCAGUUGUUAUCAAACAUCGCUCAGACAUGACUCUCCUUGUGCCCCCGGGCUUUCCUGCCUCCCGCCUGCUGUGUGCCUUUUUUAAUUUAUGUUUUCCUACUCUGUCUGCUCAUAGGGAGCUACAGAUGGACUGACUCUCAGCAGCAGGCUGAAUACAUGUACAUGAUUUGUUUAAAGUCACCUGCAGAUCAGGAUGCAUUUGAAUUAGAAGGGAUUUCUAACACAUUAAGUCUCUUUCUUGAACUCGGCUUAUUUUAGUUGACAUCAUUAAUAUAUUGGUUGAAAAUAACCAGCAGUAAGCCAAUACCUCAUGUGGUAUUUUAUUUGAAUUUCAGCUCAAUAGUCCCUCAUAAACUGCUGGAGAAGCAUCAGUGCUCAGUCUGUUAUCAUUAGAAAUACAUGUUUUUAAGGAUACAUUUUGUAUAAAGCGAUCAGAUUUUCCCACUCACAUGUUGAUAAGAAUUUGGAAAAAAUAUCAAUUGAAGGUACAUUUAGAACGGAAACAAAUAUGUGCAAUUAAUUUGCGAGUUAUCAGGAUUCAAUAUUUGACUCGAUUCACAGCCCUGGUGUUGCGGCAUUGUUUCGAUAUUUCUGCAUUAUAUAUUUGAUGUGGAAACUAUGAUUCAACUUCCAUUAUGAAAUCAUUAAUUCAGCAUUUUCAGAAACUGCCACGUUCAUUUGAUUUGUUGAUCUGUUUAUUUUAAACUUCCAUUUACACAUGCUUAUUAUAAAUGCUAAGUGUAAAUCUAUCUACUUUGACACUUAAGAUACUCGUGACAAACAACUGAGUUAGUGCUAAAAAAACAUUGAUAAUUUCACAGUCAGUAAAAUGUGAUGGGAAGAGUUUAAUUAUUCCAGAACUCCCAGCAUGCAUUGUACAGUAAAUGUUGGUGUCACUUCCUUGGUUGUCUGGUUGGUUGGUGACCCCCCCCCUCCUUGCUUUGUCCCUGCUCUCCUGUCUGCUCUUGGCUUUCUGUAACUCUGCCACCUGCAGCUUCAGCAGACUGUUUAGCUCCUCCUCCAGUUCCCCCACCAUGAAGAAGGUGGAGUGCCAGUCCAUCAUGAAGUACAACGCCCCGGGCUGCAUGGUGAAGAGGAGCAGCACCUUCUCCCAGUUCCCCACGGAAAAGUCCAAGACAUUCGACUUCCUCAAUGAAGAAAAGGACCUGUGCAGCUCUCCAUCCCGUAAAGAGCAGAAGAGAGCUCAGUACCGACAGGUCAAGGCCCACAUGCAGAAGGAGGAUGGACGAGUCACCGCACACGGCUGGAGCCUGCCCAGCAAAUUCAAGGUAGGACAUGACA